AUGGAUUUAUACAACAUUGUGACACCAACGCCGCGAAGGGGCCAGCCAUCAGCACGCACCAGUAUCAGAGACAUGAAGACAAGUCGUUCAAACUCGGGUACGGACUUCUCCCGGUCAAAAAAGCCGAAAACUCGACCCAGUGGCGUGCAUUUGGGACCUACAGCGUCUCCAGUGAAAAGGCCUAGAUCUGCAACACCACUGAACGGCUUGAAACACGGUAACGGCGAGGGAAUGGAAGCGUUUGCAGAGGCCGAGAAAGUGCGUUUGCAGCACUACAACCUGGACUUUGUGGAAGACAAAACGGAGCAUUUAAGACACAUUUACGACCCGAAAUCCAAAUGGUUUUGCAGAGAUGUGAAACCGGACUUUGUGGUAGAAGACUGUCUUCCUUACCGUCUAGAAACACACACAGAGCAAGCCAAGUAUCUGUGCCAUAUUCUGGUGAACUUAUACGUGGCAAUCAAGUCGUUGGACAUUCAGGGCCUUUUAUCGAUCUCAAUGAAGGACCUCGGGGAUCUCAAAUCCGAGAUUGACGAACUGGUUAUGAGUACGGACAUGUUUCGGCUCUCAAGUGACCGCUACGACGACAACGACGAGGAUGACGCUUUCAACGACAUCCACAAUUUCGAUGAAGACGAAGACGACGAUUUCGACGAAAUGGUCGACCUAGAUAGCCUCAGCUUCAAUGCAACGGGUCGAAUUACAGCCCGUUCAACUACUAUCAUAAAUGUUAAUCAUUGGGCCAACGAGUUGAAGAACUGCCUACAUUUUGAAUUUCCGGUCAGCCUUAGAAAAAGUCUCGCUUUGGUCUUCUACACGCUCUCAUUGGUUCAAGGCCAGAAAGUCUACCGCCCGAUGUAUGUUGAUCUGUUCGAGGCUCUUGCGAGCACCGAUGAUGAAGGGACGAAUUUCACAGAUUUGCUUCUGGAGGCAGGGCUGAGACUUGACUACAAGCCCAUGAAAGAGUUUUUGGACGAGUUUUUACCAUCUGCCGAUGCCGAAUACACCCGUUUCGACGUUUCGACCAAGGUAGACAAUCAGCUGUUCAGGCUUUUGUUGAAACUUAGCCACAUCGCGAAACCAUUUUAUGGACAUGGAGAUGAUGAGAUACUAAAAAAGACAAUGGACCACUUCAUCUCCAGCUUAUCUCCACUGACAGCUUUCGGUGUAUUUCCUAUCAUAACAUCUUUCGUGCCCUACCGCUACCAAAAAGAUACGAAAAUAACAGACUAUUUCCCAUUUUUUUUUACUCUGUGGACAACAACUUCACCCUCAAUCGGAUUUGACACACAUCUUUACGACUUCGUUGGGUGUAUUGCUGAAGAUGCCCACUCCAAGCUUCUAAGACAAGAAAAUCCACGUUUGACGCGCUUAAGCAACGUAUCGUUCCAAGAGUUUGGCCUUCUCACUGAAGACCAAAUAAGCUUUAUUUUCAAUAGAAUUCAAAACCACCUACGGAAUGACUUCCAGAUUGUGUCUUUCAGCCGAACAGUAAGACCUCUGAUCUACUCGAUCCAUGGAUCGAACAGUACAGGUUUCUUCGACAAGCUACAUGGCCUUGUUAAGUCACUCGAGACCUUUGCGCAUCCCUCGAAUACUGGGCCGUGGACUAAAGUGAUAGCCAAAUUCGUUCAUGGGUUUAUCAAGAUGUACCACCAAAGAGUGUAUUUCGAAAAAAACUCUAAAAGUACAUUCAGGACCGAGCUGAAACUCAACGAUGUUUGCCAUGCUAGGCUCAUCGAUAUUUUUCAAAAUGUUAUAUUUUUGGGUGCUCAGAACAAGAGUUCUGAUAUGGCGAAUUAUUACAUUUCAUGUCUGGCCUAUAUGCUUGAUGUUGGCGGGAGAAAAAAGACAGUACUCUUUGAUAGGGUUCUAUUAGAUCUCUAUGAUUCCCUAGGUGACUUAUACAUCCAUUCGACGCACCGCCUUAUUUCCUCGUUGAAACAAUUCACGAAGGCUGCCAGGUUCAUGAUACAAGACCCACUAUUUCGAGUUCACAUCACAAAUCUCCUUGCCAUGCUUGUGGAGAAGUUAGACUACAAUGAUUUAACUCUCACCAGCAACAUAAUCAAUUGCAUUGUUUCAAUCUCUUCAUUCAUUCCUCUGGAAAACUUUGUGAAAGAGGAUGAAUAUCUGAGUUUCGAGUCACAUACGCUGCCUUUCAUUGAAGAGCAUGUGUUUUUUCUGAAGGAAGGGAAUGUGUCAGACGACUUCCAAUACGAUGAGGUGGCAAUGAACAAUGCAUUUCGGGCUUCAACAACUGUAUUUGAGAAUGUUCUCAAGGUGUACCUCAAUAAAGUAGUCCAGUUGGUCGAUUGCGAUUUGGAAGAAGGCUUCAUAAGCAAACUCAAUCAAACAUCAAUGAUUAUGAUUGAAUCGAUGUCUGAUGCUAUGUUUCAGUACUUCGUUGAUGUGCUAGAGAGAUUAUUUUGGGAGAAUGAAUACUUCAAAGAGAAAGAGCCUAAUUAUGAACUUGUCACUAUUCCCCUUGGAGCAGCCAUCAGAAGGGAUUCAAAGCUCAGCAAAAAGAUGUUUUUCAAUCUCGCAUUCAAUAUCAAAGAUCAAAUUGAAAAAGGAGCGGGAUCUAUCCGGAGCUCUUCUGAAAUUCAGCACCGUGAUGUCAAAUUACUUACUUAUUUAACGGCAUUGAGCGACAUCGUAAGGCAAUCACGAGCGUCAAUACUGGAUUAUAAAGAGGACCUAAAGAAAUUACUGUUCCACAUAUUUGACAGUAUUUCCAACCCCCCACUUGAUGUUCACACUUCUUUGGUCCUUCACAACGUCCUAAUUAGUCUAACUUCAACAGAAGUAACCGAUUUCAGGCUAUUUAGUGAGGACUCCCAGAUUGCUGACGAUGAAAAAUGGGGUGGACUUCAAUUUGACGAAAGGAGGUUUUCGAAAGAAAGAACAAACUUUAAGUGGCAUAUUCCCAGCGCAAGCGAGGUGGCCUUCGCUACUGAACUGCUCGAAGAGUUCACGGAUUACUGCUCUCGAGAAAUUAGCGACAUGAUGACUUCGCCCGGUAAGGACUCGACUUAUAGUGAUAAACUAAAGAAGUUCAUUCUGAUCAUCACGCAUACUUUAUCGGGUGCUAGCUUACUGUUCGAUGCUGAUUACAAUAAGCACAGGACUGAAUUACUACCUCUAGACUCGUACAAGAACAAGCUUCUACUAUUGAAAAGUGUUAGAGACAAGAGAUGUGCUGCCGAAGAGCUCAACAGCGACGUUGAACAAGGAAAAAGCGAUUCAGGAGCAGAUUUCGAAGCAGACACGUCAGUUGAAUUGUCCGAGGAUGCCCUGGAUGAGAUUCUUAUUGACGAAUCGAGAGAUGGUAAUGUAGAAGACUUACUGCUCGACGUCGAACAGAACUCAAACGCACCUUCUGGUAUUGCGACUCCUGAACCUGGACUUCAACAUGGUGGUCAAAUCACAGGAUCAGGUAUGAAUGGAUCAUUCGCGCUCAGGGAUCUGGACAUAUUCAGUUGCAAUUACUUUUUUGGUCCCCACCCUCGCGAGCGGUUGUUAAAUCCAACUUAUAUCAAGAUCCAGUCUAUUCGUUCGAAGAUCGGCUCUUUGUUCCACAAAUUAUACAAGUUCUUCUCCGCUAAUUACGAGGACAACACGAUCUUGUUCAAGAUUUUGCUACAUGGUAUCAAAGUCUGGUUUGCGGAUGUUGGGCAAGAAACCAUAUUCAAUGACGAACCUGCUUCGAUCUUGGACAUGGACUUUCUCGAAAACAUACAGAAUUUGUCCCAUGUCUACGAGCCGUAUACCAGAACGUGUCUUGCUUCCAAAGCGUAUACGUUGCACGAAGCCAGAGUUCUUCUUCAUUCUGCUAACAGAACACCAUCUAAACUAGAGAAAGUUCUUUUGAGAGACAUUCUCAAGCUCUCCAUGUCAUUAUAUCCCAACAUAUUCAAACCUGCUCAGGAUUGUAUGGUAUUGGCUAUGAAGCAAUUGAUGGGCUCAUACCCUAUCGUUAUGAAAUAUGUUUUAAGCGCAUUUCAAUCUGCAUUGGACAAGCAAGAAAGCAAAAAGAUAGAAGUCGUCUUAGAGCUUCUCCUCAUCAAAAAAAUUCACAGGAAAAUUAUGUCUGAUUACGGGAACCUUGAGAGACUUUUAAAUCUUCUCUUCCGAGCAUGUCAGAUUACAGAUUUCAACGUUUCGAAGUAUGCAGAAAAAAUCAUUACUGACAUCUCUGCUUGUCUGAAAAUACCAUCAAGCGUUUGUUUGAUGAAUGAAUCGGCAAUUGAAGAACUCAAACCUUUAGACCCAUCUGUUUCACGGCAGGUGAAUGCUGUUCAGAGAGCCAAAGAGUCCAAGCGCAAACAGUUCAUUUCGCUUCUCGAAGGUCUUCAAAAUAACCUGAUUAACAUUUUGGAGGCUGAUGACAAUUUGGGAUGGAAAGUUUCUGUAAUAAUCAUAAAGCUGACGUCAAAGUUACAGACUAGUCUUGAGAUAAAGACGACCAAAGACGUCCUGCCUCACGUUUUGAACCUCACGAAGACGAAGCAUCCAACUACUAUUCAUCUUGCCAUCAAAAAUUUCCUCAAUGUCUGCAAUAAGAUAACAGCCCUAGGGGAUUGUGAGUACAACUUAAAAAAUGCAUUUGACUUCAGAUUCAAUAGGCGCAACGUGGAACUAAUUGAUACAAACACGAAAGGGUUUGGAGAUAUUUUCGCACAGGAAGUACAAAAUUUUGAAAGCCCCAAAUUUUUUAUCGACUCUAAAGCUUAUGUCGGCUACAUCUCCUGGGGAAGGCGCAUGAAGGUGAUCAAAAACACUUUUGAUUUUAAGUUUACAUUGAAAGCUGAUCAAAUGGAAUGUUUGAAAGACUUUGGACACUCAAUGACAAAGGAGUGGCUUUAUGAAAUUUGCCAAGUUUUCAUUCAAGACAAUGAGGGAAAAGGUAUCUUUAGCAGUAGCAAUAUUGAGUUUUUUGGACUGUUGGUUGCUCUAAACGCUAAUGAUUGCACCACAAUAACAUACGAAGAACUGCUCGAUUUAUGUCACACGCUUUACGAUAAGAACGACAAAGCGUCAAUGAUUAUGUCAAUUGAAAUAAUGGCUGGAUUGAUAGUCGCAUCCAAGAUGACCCCAGAUGAGAAUCUCAAAAAGAGAGAUCAAUUUCUCACGAAAUUCUUGGAUACAUGUUUGGACCAUGAAUUGAAUCAAGACGCUGUAGAUAUAUGGUCUAUUUUAUGCUGGUGGCUACCAACUUCUGUGGAUAUCAGGCGGUGUGUUCCCCUGUACAGAAAGCUUAUUCAAGCAAAGGAUGUCUUGGAUACCAACUCUGACUCAUUUGGAGAUCAAGCUUCAAAAAUUUCUUUGUUGAGAAAUCUGCUACUUAGCUUGGACUUUAGAACCCCUCAUGCUGAUCAAAUUUUGUCCUCAUUGGUAAUGGACCAUCCUUAUGACCAAGUAAGACAGUCGAUUUCUAAGUUGCUUUCCACGCUUUUGCAAAGCCAACUCAGUCCCUCUUUCUCUUCUGUCCGUGAACUAGUUGAAUAUACAUCGACCGAAGGCGGCUUGGGACGAAUCAUAAGAAAAAUCCCCCAACCAUUUGAUCAAAAGUUCAAGGAAUCCUUCACGCUGAUAGAAAGUGAAAGACAAAAAGUUGUUGAUUUACCGGCCCACGAAAUACUGAAGACGAAGUAUUAUUAUAUGGCCGCGACAAUGCUAAAUUGGGUACUGGAGCUAAUGAAGGGACAAAAUAGUGUAGUACUGGUGCUCUAUCUGGAGCAUUAUCUGGCACCUUUCCUGAUGCAUUUGAUUGGGAUGAAAGAUGUCUGCAGUUUGGCGAAUCUUGAACCUACUGCCUGCUACGUCGCAAUCUCUUUUUGGUCGCUUCGCAAAGAAUAUGUGUCUAUUUUCAUGAGACUCAUUGAGAACAUGGAAUUGCACACAUCCCACGAGUUACGAGUGCAGCUGGUCUUCGUGGAGAAUUUUUAUUCAAAAAAUAUGCUCCAGCUAUCCGAGCAGCAGAGAGAAUCUAUCUUGCAGUUCGUUGUGCGUCACAUAUACAAUGAGAACUUUGUUGAGGUACGUUUACGCGCUGCAGAAGCGCUUUCUGGUAUCAUCCAUACCUUGAGCGACCCCAACAAGCCCGCCGAAUUGAUGGAUCAAUUUGCGCGCGGAUUGGGCUCUCACUCGUCUGCUGACAAGAAGAAGCUCUCUAAGACGGACACAAAGAUUCACAGCUCUGUCAUUGGUCUUGGCUCGAUAAUUUCUGCUUUCCCAUAUGCAUUCCCAUUGCCUAAAUGGAUUCCACCUCAGUUGAGUGGGUUGUCUUCUUGGGCACGUACAAGUGGUAUGUCUGGGGCUGCUGCCAAGGAGAUUAUCAGCGAUUUCAAGAAGGUGCGGGCCGAUACCUGGCAUCUUGAUCGAGCUUCUUUCACACCGGACGAGCUCGAAGAUUUGGAGGGCGUCUUAUGGCGAAGCUAUUAUGCCUAA